AUGUAGCAAGAUUUAGAUAAUUAAAUUGAUAGGGCAGAGUAUGAGAGAAAGAAUGAAAAAAGUUAAUCAUAUAUUACAGAUUAAAAUAGGGAAACUAUUGUUUAUGGCAGACAUUUUAUGACAAAACCAUCAUUCAUAUUCUACUCAUAGGAAAAAAAAUUAAUUGUAAAUGUUUUAUGGUCUGGCUUGUCAAUAUAGACUGUCCCAAACAACCCUGAUAAUUUAGAUAAAAUAAAAUACAAGGACAUAAUCAGUGUGCAUCUUUCCCCAGACAAAGAUAAUGAAGUUAUAAUUAUAUUCAAUAACAAAUAAGUUGCUGCUGGAAAGAAUCAAUAAACUUAGUAUAAUUUUAAAUCAGAUGAUCGCCAUCUUUUUAUGUCUGAUUAUUAUAGAGCGAUUGAUUCUUAUUACUACUAUUUGGGUGUGAAAUCUAUUCCAAACUCCACUCUUAAUCUCAAUUUCCUUACAAUAUAGGCAUCCUUAAUAGUGGAUAAAUCAACUAAAAGCUACUUUGAAUCAAAACUUACUUGUUUUAAUAGUCAUCUCACAAUAGAAAUCAUGCGUCCUAUCACUUUAUCAGAUAAAAAAUUUUAGAAAAUUAAAUCUAGUAUGUUUUAUACGAAUAGCAAAAGCCAUUAAAAAUAAAUAAAGUAGUCAGAAGAUAUAUAAAGUCUUGAAUAGCAUUAGAAAACAGCUUAAUCUAAUUCGCAUAUAGGAAAUAGCAAGAAUUAAUCAGUAACACUCAUAGUGAAAUAUAGAGAUAUUUUGAGGAUAUCAAAAAAGUUAAAUGGUUUUUAAAUAAAUUUGAGUAAACCAAGUUUAAGUAUGGCAUUUUAUUUAAAUGAUUUGAAUCAAGUUUAGUCUUUCGUUAAUAGAGUACAAAAGAAUUCCAAAGACUAAACUAGAUUGGAUGUCAGCGUUACAAGCACUAUGUAAGAAGAAAUUCAUCAUAUAGUAAAGUUUAAUGAAUAAUAAAUGGAAGUAGAUUUUGCUCUUUAUGCUGGUAGAGUACUGCCUACAAGAACACAUGCUAGAUUUUGUAUUUUGGCUAUUGGUAAAAGUGGAAUAUUCGAAGUAGAUUAAUAUGAUGGAGAAGUUUAUGAAAUGUAUGAUCUUAAAUUUUUGAAAGAUAUAGUAAGAUAGGAAUUUGUGGGGGCUGUAAGAAAUUCAAUCAAACUAAUAUUUUUUAAUGGAUAAGAAGUUGAAUAUGUUUUUGAACCUUACUAAAGAGAUCUGUUUAUAAUUGAAAUUUUAACAAACAUAAACAUGUAUUAUGAUUUAGCCUCUCCUUGUAGAAGAUGUUUAGAUAUGAUUCAUUCACACACACCAAAUUAUUAGCUGGAAAUAUAAGGAUGGAAAAUGGAAAAUGGAACUCCUGAUAGAGAUUAAGAUGUAGAUGCAGAAUUAAUGAGAAAUAUAAUUCUUGCUAAAGGAGAGGACUCAUUUUUUAGUGCUCUUAGAGAGUUUAAUGUAAACUGUAAUCUAAAAAAAACAUAGGAUGCUGAUUUGAAAAUUUAUCAUCACAUCAUCUCAGUUUUAUCCAGAUAUUUAUCUUAUUUCGAAGAUCAUGAUUUACUAUUUUUCUAAAAGCAUAUAAAAUUUGUAAAAACAAUUCCUCAAAACAUCCCUGAAAAAUCUUAUGAUAAAUAAGUUUCUUAAUUAUAGCUAUCUAAGAAGGUAGAAAGUGAAGAAAAUACAACUAAUACAACAGAUACAUCUAAUUUUAGGAAUAGCCAAAGAAGAAAUAGUCAAGAGUCUAUGCUUUAGCAUGAGCACGAGCAUUACGAAAAAUUCAUUAAUAUUUAGAUGGAUGCUCUUCGCAAACAAGCAGAUGAAGAAUAUAGCUCAUAAAAGGAUCAUUAAAAUGCUAAUUAAAAGCAGAUAUCAGAGUAGUUUUUACUUGAAGAAGAUGUAUAAAGUGAUGACUCUGAUGAAAUUUUUGUGCAUGAGCAAUCUCCUAUGACUCGUAAAAACAUAUCUGCACAAAAAUAAGGAGCAAAUCUAUAGCUCAAUCUUCAAGCAAAGAAUCUCCCAACAGUUAGUCCGUUUGAAACAGAACCAGCCCAUGCUGAAAAAAGUUAAUCACCAAAUAUCCACCCUUAUAAUAGAAGCGGACUAAAUAUCUCUCAAAAGUUUCGCUUUGAAUCAGAAGCAUUAGAAAAUAUUAAUUUAAAGCUGACUGAUUAAAAUAGAGAGUUGAAAAAAUUGUUCUAGCUUUGCUCGCACAAUGAAUAUUCAUUAUAAGAAUAUGAAUUAAUGUCUUAAAUGAGAACUAAAUCUGUUAAUCUUUUAAAAAAACUGAAUAAGAUAGAAGUAAAUCUUCCAAACGAUAACACUUAGCAAAGCAUAUUAAAAUUAAAUGUCGAAAGCGUUGAAGCAUUAUUGCAUAAAAUUGAAGAAAUGCUAAAAUGCCUUACAAUUUUCUAAAAUUGUAAAAAGUAUUUUGAAGACAAAACAAUAAAAUAAGAUAAAUUCAAAGAAUUCAAGAGCAUCCUUUAAUUACUUUCUAAUCCUGAUCCUUUAGUUGUUUACUAAACUAGCUAGUUAUUCAAGCGUGUUGGAUUCUACCACAACAACAUGAUGCAAAAAGCAGAAACAGAAAACAAAAAUUUUUUAUUAGAUUACAGAUUUAACAUUCUAGAUAGAGUUUUCUACUAGAUUAGCAAUUACACGCUAAUUAAGCGUCCUCUUUCACAAUAUACUUAUAUGGUUAGAAUAUAUUCUAUGUUUAGUAUUAUAAACACUCUAUUCUAAGCACGUAUUGAGUCUACAGCUCCUGUUCAUAGACAGGCUAUAAUCUAUCAUUUAUAGUCUCCUGUAUUUUUUGCUGCUGUAAGCAGAAUAUUAAGAUAUAAUUCUUUUGCUUUAAUUGUUAAUUCUAUUAAUCUUUUAAAUGCUCUUUAUUACUUCUCAACUGAAAAUAAAUAAUUUAUCAAUAUGAUCAUUCUUAACUCAACAAUGAUUUUAUUCCUUCUACAUAUUGUUAUCUAAGAUCUUUACUCUUCAAAACAACUAAAAGACAUAGCGUUUAAUCUUCUUUUUAGUCUUCUUAAUUAAAGAUCUCAAGCGUGCUAUGUUAUUAUGAAUGUUUUCCCAAAGCCACUAUUUAAAGUAUAAAAAACUGAAUCUCAAUUUGUAGAUCAAUGGACUAGGUAAGAGUGGUAGAGUUUCUUCUUCUCUCUUAUAUAAACAGACAUAAAAUAACCUCACUUUUUCUGGUUAAAAUAAAAUUUGAAAAUUUUAGAUGAGUCUUUGGUCAAAGAAGAUAAAAUAUUUUUGCAUUAGUAGAUAUUUACAGUGUUUAAAAGAAUAAAUCAUGUUUGCGAUCUAUAGUAGUUCUUUCCCUAUUUAUUUAGAAAAGAUGGUAAUUUUGGAAGAGCUUUGGAAAGAACUGCUCCUUAGCCUUAAUCAUUAUUAACAAGCUCUAUAAGAGGAAAUAACCAAGAGAUUGUUUAGCCAAGCGUUUCACCAUAAGAAGCCGAUAUUCUUAACUAAAUAAAAGAAUUACAAAAGGAGAUUUUUACAAAAUUGUACUGGAAUAUCGAUGAUUUUAAAGUAGAAUACGAAAACAUAAAUGAAUAAAUGCUCUGUGGGCGUUACUAUAUUAAAUAAAUUAUAUAAUAUAAUAGAAGAUUGUAAUUUGAUUUUGUGGAUGCCAAAAAUUAAAUUUUAGAAAAGGAAAUCAAAGAGCUUUGGGAAAAUCUUAUUUCAAAUUUAAUGAAUCACCAAUAAAAAGACAAGCAAGCUCUUUGUUUAAGGACAAUGACUAUUCUAUAUAAAGAAUACUCUAAGGUUAUUAAAAUUACAAACAUUUUACCAUAUUUGGUACAUAUUUUGAAUCUCCAUGAAUACUAAGUUCUUCAAUACUCAAUCGUGUAAUUACUUUUGACUGUCUUGAAUAGCGAUGAUCUUUAAGCGAAGUAAUUCCAUAGUCGUGCUAUGAUAGAUUGUAACGGUAUUCAGUAAAUUGUUAAUAUUAUAGCCUAGCGCAUAAGCUUCUAAGAGGAUUUGACUGAAAUACCUUAUGGAGCUGAUGCAACUUAUCUUAAACUUCCAGAAGUGCGUAACAGAGGAGACGAAAAUCUGUAUAUUAUUUUCAUGUGCCUCAAAAUGAUAAGUGCUUGCAUCCAAAUGCAUUCUCACAUCUUUAGGAAAAGAGAAGUAUAUCCUUUGACAAAACCAUAAAAGGUUUGCUUCGAAAAAAGAAACUGGCGUAUAAUGCAAAAUAUAUUACUUUUGAAAAAUGAUAAAGAUUAGAAAAAUGAACCUCAAGGUAUUGUCAGGGAUGAAUAUUUAAAAUUAGUUUACACUUACUUAAUGAAUGACUACAUGCUUCAUAUAAAUGGAUUUUGUGAGCUUUUAACAGAUUAAAUAAGCGAUCUUACAGAAAGAUCAUCCUUUACUAUAAUUAAGGCAUUAUUUUAUAGACUUCCAGAAGCCAGAUUGAUUUUGGAAGAAAUUGUUAAUGGUUAAGGAUUACAAAAGAAACACAUUGAAGCCUUCCCAUUUUUCAAGUUCUUUCCUGUAUAAUUGCUCUUAGUUCUCUUGAACGACUAGGAUGAUGAAGAAAAUAGUGUAUUUAAAUCAGCAAUAUCAAACCCCUCAGGAAUUACUGCUCACUACUAACCACCACAGUAAACUCCUCCAGGAUCUGCUUAGAUAUCCUCAAGCUCAAGUCAAAGUUAAUAAAUAACUAUUCCUAGGGAUUAAGGUGUUUUAAGAUGUUGUGAGAGAUAUAGAUCAGACAAUGAAGAAAGCUACGAUUUGAUUUGGAAUAAAGCAAUGAAGUCAAAUUUAAAAGAAAAACUUGGAAACUUCUUAUCAAAUUAUAGAGAUUGCAUAAAUAAUUACUACAACUAAUGGUUUAAUCCAAAUAAGUUAGUUAUGACUGAUUACAGAAUAGUUACAGAUGAUAAAAUUAAUAAUUAUCCCAUCAUUACAUAAUCCUUUGAUGAUACAAUUUACUACUCUUAGCUUAAAAAUGAAAUUACUUCUUGCUAAAUCUUUCUUAGGUUAUGGGCUAAAUAAAAAAAUGAUGAAACUGAAUUAUUUAAUCUUCCUUAACAAUUUGCUAUAAAAACUGUUUAAAAAAUUCAAUAAUAUUCGUUUUAACCUGACAUAUUUAAAGUUUUAAAUGAAAAAACUUCAUCUGCGAUGAAAAAUCUCCUCCACAUUCUAAAAGCUCAGACUAAAAUCUACAAAAAUCACUUACAUGUCGAAAAUGUCUAUCCAUAUAAUCAUAUACUUUCUAUCCUACAAACAUGCACAAAAAUCGUUAGAGAUGCAGCAGAUGACCCUGAACUUCUUGAAGAUCUUAAAGAAUCUGCACUUGAAGAUUAAACUCCUUCCUCUCCUCUUCUUUCCUAAAAUAAAAGAAACUCAUUCCGUAAAAGCUCCAUAGUAGAGUAAGUAUAGCAAAGUCCAAGUAGAGCUUCCUUGUUCUAGCCCAGAAAACUUUCAACAAGCUCUAUUGCUUCGAUGAGUAAUCUAGACAUGAGCUUUUCAACUCCUUUAAUUGACAACAUUUCAACAACUUUCAAUAUGUACAUAAAAGCUUCACUUAAAGUUAUUUACAACUCAUUAAAAGAGAGAAAGAAUUUAGAAGCCUUUUUAGAAAAUAGUACAGGAAUAGAGUGCCUUCUAUACACACUAAGCAAUAUAAUCAUAUAAAUUUAAAUAAAAAAUGUUAAUAGAUCAGAUAUAAGAAACUAUUUUGAUGAUUUAUCUGUAAGCUAUUAAGAAAUUAAAAUAAUUAACUUAUGCGUAUUGAUCUUGUAGGAGAUUUAUGAUGUAAAAAAGAUAUCAUUAAAUCAACUCUCUUAAUAAUAAAGAAACGAUAUGUGCUUGCUGAUAUAGCGUGCAUAAAAAAUUACUGUUACUUUCUUUCAUACUUUCCUUGAAAAAUAUACUGGUAGUUUAAAUUCUGGUAUAAAAGAAAAGUAUGGGAAUACAUUACCAUUACCAUAAAAAGCAAAAAGUAAAGAAAAGCAAACUCCUGUUUUGGUAACUAGCGACUCUACUCCAUCUCUACUCUCACUAUCAACAAAUCUAACUUCUUCGUAAACAGUACCUGCUAAUGCUGCUAAUCCUUAGUAUAAAGAUUUAUUAGACAAGUUGUACAAUAUAGAUACUGAUACUAUUUAAAAUCCUUGCAACACAAAGAUAGUUGAAAAAUUUUUCAAAGCAACAAGAGAGUUAAAUGUUUCUCUUUCAGUUUUAACUCUGUGCUUGUCAAAAAAUUGCUACUUCUUAGAAAGCUUAAUUAGAGGUGGUUGUGUUUGGAGAGCAAUAGAAAUAAUCCUCACAAAAGGGAAAACUUUUAAUACAUUGUAGAAUAAUGAUAAAAAAUAUAAUACUGAAAAUUUAGAUGAAAUAACUAAAGUUUAUUCUAAAAUGCUUUAUUUCAUCAUUGAAAAUAGCUCUUUCAUUAAAACAUUUGAAAAUGGCACCCAAACUAUUUCAAUUUCUUUAAAGCCAGUCUAAGUGAUAGCAAACGAUAAUAAUUAAAAAGAUAUUGCUUCAGACGUUUCAUUAACAAAUUCAGAAAAAAAGAAUAAUCAAUCAGGAUUAGAGGAUGAUUCUCAAAAAAAAGUAAUUAGCUCUUCUUCGUUGUCUAAAUAAGAUCAAAAAAAUUAGCUUCAAAAUAGUGAUUCUUAAUCAAGUCUAGCUGAUACUCCAAAUUAAAAGAUUAAAGGAAAUUGGAAGAAUAAUUUAAGAAUGGACUCAGAAAUACUUGAAGAAGAUUAAAGCAGAAGCGAUGACAGAAGUAGCGUGGGAUAGAAUUCUAGAUUUGGGUUUAGCAUGUAUAGCAAACUUAACAAUGCUGAUGCUAUACAUAACACAGCUGGAAAAAGUAGUUAGAUUAAUGAGGGAUAAGAAAAUGAAGAAUCGGAAGAAAUUAAUGAAGACUCUUCUCCUACAAGAAGAAGAAGAAAAGAAGAUGAGCAUAAAGAAUAUUUAUUCUAUAAUAUGCAGCUUCUUAGAGAAAUAGGUCCAAUUGGAAGAGAUAAACUUAUGUUCUUUAUCAAUUAAUUUUUAAUAGCUUUAACUAGAAAUGUAGAUAAUCAUUUGCUUAAGUAUCUAAAGGAGAGAAGAUUUGAGUCUUUCAUUAGAAAAAUAAAUUCUAACAUAGAGCUACCUGACUUCAUUUGGAACCAGAUUUCAAGAGAUAAGCUGGAUCAAAACCUAAAGCUUUAAAUUAUAAAUGUCAAUCAAUCGCUAGGAAAGAUAUUCUUAGAUAAGUUACUCGAACAUUAAGGAAUAAUUUAAUUAGAGGAGAGUACAGUAGGAAGUGCAGCAAAGGAAAAAGAUAUCUCGCCUAAUAAUCAAGCAGAGCUUUAAAUUUGUGGAAUAUAUCUUAGAAUUUUUAACGAUUAGGAUAACUUCGAGGUUACAAAUCCUUAGACAUUUUAGCAAGAAAUAUUCAAUUAAAUGAAGAUAAACAUUGUAAAAAUAUAACAAAUUCUUUAACAGCAAGCACCAAACGGAGCCUACGACAUACUAGCUAUUAACUAGCUGUUCCCUACUGAAAUAAAAGCAGUAAAGGAGUGUAUAAAGGCUACACUAUCUUUAUUGACAAGAUACAAUGUUUAAUAUAUCAUUCUAAAUUAAGAUAAUCUUGAAACUUUCUUUGAUGUCCUUGAGCUGGAAAUGAAAUACUCGGUUAAUCUCAGCACCUUUAAGGUUCAGAUUGCUAAAAUAUUGUAAGACCUAGCUGCUAGUGUUUAAGGAGCUAAAAUAUUGAUGGAAUCUAAAAUAUUCAUAAAGUUUAUAAUAACCUAUUUCCAAAACUGCUCCUCCAUGCCUACUCAAUAUCAAAGCUAAUUCUUGAAUAUUGUGCAGAAACUUGCUAGGAAUAGAGAGAAUCUGGAACUUCUGGUCAAAGAAAGAAUAGCAGCUGCUUUGUUACUAAAUAUUUUGAAAAAGGAAUAUCUAAAACAAGCUUAUAGAGUAUAGAUUGUGGAAGUACUGAAUGAAAUAAACAUUGAUAAUCACGCUUUCAUUAGCUAUGUUAGCGACAAAUUCCCUCCAAGAAUUGUUUAAAAAUGCUUUGCAGAUCGAACUUAAAAACCAAGCAUUGAAAUAAUUGAAAUAUUUGAAAGUGUUUCAUUAACCUCAUCUGAUUUGCUGUGGACCAAUUCGAUGAGAGUCGAAGCUAUUAUGGUACUUGAAGAAGAAAUUAACUAAUAUCUUAAAAACUAAGAUGAAAAUAUAGCGCCCUUAAUUCCUCUUUAUCCAGAAUAUCUAAAUGAGCUACAAUGCAGUUAAAUAAUGCUUAGAAUUUAUAAUUUAGUUCCAUCAUAUACAAAAUUCUCUGAGUUAUCUAGUAUUUCCCAUAUUUAUUGUAAAAAUGACCAUGAAACAUACUUCUCAUAUGCAGAAGUUUUAGUAGAAAACCUAAUAGAUUUAACUGAGAAGCUCAAAAAUUAAUUCAUUAAAUUACAGGAAGAAAAUAUGGUAAAAACAAAAGAAAUUCCUAAUAAUUUAAUUGAUGAGAACCACUUCAGUGAGGCUCCAAAUAUAGAUCCUUCUUUACAAGAGUUUGAUAGAGUCUCUAUUUCUUACAUUACUGCCUUAACAAGUUUGAUGUUUUGUCUUGAGUAUAUCAUUUUAUAAGAAAAGAGAUAAAUAAAACAGCAUUAUUAUUAGGGUAUUUGCAACUAAUUUAGUAUUUUAAGUGAAAAUAAAAGUCAUUCCCACAUAAAAAGUACGGUUUUACAAAUUGCUUAUCUUCUUAAAGAUCAACCAAAUAUUUAGAAGGCAUUUAUUGAUAGCAACUUAUUUGUCCAUAUAUCUUAAGCUCUAGCAUAUUCCCUUGAUUGUCCUUAAGAACAAGACAGCUUAACUCUUAUCGAAUAAAUAAUAAUUUUGAAUUUGCUUAUUAAGCUAAUAAAAGAUAAAGAUAUCCAAGAAAGAAAAAAAACUGUAGAAUUAAAUAUGAGAUACUGUUUACCAAUAAUAUGUAAGUUGUUUGAGUCAAUAGAUGAAGAUAACUCCUAUAUGAAAUCAUAUAUAAUUGGAUACUGUGCAGAUAUGCUUAAAUCAGGAUAUUUCUUAGAAGAAAUAUCAUAAAUCAUAGAUCAAACUACAUUAUCUUCUAAGCAACUUGCAGCUUCUAAAAAUGUUCACUGCGAAUGGGUAAAUCUAUGGAGAGUAUGCAUAAUAAAUUAUGAUGGAAGCAGCAACUUAAGUGAAUAACAGUAAAGAUUAUAUUAAGAGAAAUUUAUUGAAUUACAAUUUUAGCUACCCAUUUAAUCAGAAUAUUCAAUAUAGCCUCUUCCUUUCCCUCCAUAAAAUUAUUUGGACAGAUAGCAAUAAGUGGAAGACUUUAAGUUGAGAUAUGAAAAAGAUAACUCUAUGAUAAAAAAUAACUCUAACAUAAACGAAUCAAUUAUUUAAUAAAUAAAUUGA